CGACCAUGACCUUGUGAAUCGCAUUCGACAUUCAGCCUUGCCAUCCUGCAUCUCAUCAAUAGCCUUGCCAAUUAUGAGCAGUGUAUGGCAUCUUGCACGGAUCGAGGAGGAAAUUUUCGCGGCCACAGCAGCACUGUUUGCUAUUUACACGCAGCAGCAAUCUGUUUGUCAACCUACCCCUAUACUUCCCGAAGGCGACGAUGAUAGUUCAGGUGAAGAGGAUAUCAACGAUGACUGGCAAACAACGGUGGCUUGCGAAAGGCUUCAUCGAGCGACGGCGCAUACUCUCAAAGAUAAAUUUCUCGAUCGAUUGUCAGAAGUGCUUGCGCGCGAAAAGACCUCCAAAUUACACCUCAAACAAUCCACGGCAAAGCAUGUAGCUGCUGCAGCUUGGAUCAACCCCAGCUGCCAGCAUCCAACAACCAUUCUUUUGGCCAAGAACGAAGGCCUUGACGAGCGCGAUCGCAAACUGUUAGGGGGGUUACAGACUUGGCUUCGCGUAAUAUCCAUGACGGGUAGAGCUCCUUCGAAAGAGAAAGAUCUUCUUUGGGAUAGUCGAGCAGACAAAGAAGGGCUUAUCGGGUACUCCCGUCUCAGGCUGGAGCUUUAUGUUUCUCAGGUCAGUCGAUCUAAAGUCGAUGUCUCGGGACUAGACGUGGACGACCCAUCGACCGGGCCAAUUCAACGCCUAUUCCAGCUCUGUGAAACAUACAGCAAUAGCCCAAGCAUCCCUACCCUGAGGGAAACAGUGGACUUAGCCUAUGAGCUGCGGGGCGCUGACUCACAUCAACUCAAAAAACCUUCUUUUACCAAAGUCUUCAGGGCAGUUUUAAUGCUCAGCCAGCUCCAUGCUACGUACAAGUGCUUCAAGACAACUGCACUCAGCUUUCCCAAGUUUAGAUCUCUUAAGUGCAAACCGGUAGACUCUCCUCACAAAGUAGGCAUUGAAGCAAGCAAGUUCUACGAGCAGGUGCAAAGCUUAGCGAAGAAAAUUCGCCUCCAUGCGGAGAUGCAGAGUCUUGUACGUUUGGAGUCCGAGUUAAAGUGGCAGCAAAUGGUCCACGGUUACAUUGGGACCAGCAAGAAGCCAUGUUUCUUAUGCAACGACCUUCUCCAAAAUUACGUCAGACUUUCCAUGGAUAGCAAACGUACCCCAGCUUUUCGUGCUCGGAAGUCUCACGGAAAGGUAUAUCCGCUGUGGACACUACCGUCUAUCCCGGCUUCUGCAGCGUCCAUUGUUGGUCUACCUAUAGCUGCGGCACUAAUAAAAACCCACAGCUACAUCCUUCGAGUUCUUUCUGCCGGUUCAGUAAUACUCCAACCAGCUAUAGCGGAGUCUUCUGUUGGUAUGUCUGAGGGUGACGUAUUAUUUGGUACAACUCCAUCUAAGCUGAAGCGUGAGCAUCUUGCCCACGAACGAAGCAAGACCGCACGUAUGCCAGCAGAAAAACCAGAUGAAAGUGACGACAAUUUUGGUCCGAAACUGAAGACGGUUCAGGUACUUCGGAUACCGGCUGACGGAAGCGAGCCCAGACUGGUACCCAUUGCCAUUCAUGUCCAGUCCCUAAAGUCCAAACGCUGGAUCCCAGAACUCGGCCUUCACAUCGUGCCUGAUUUUCGUGAAUACUGGGGAGCUUACCACGUUGACCGUAAACUCAGAUGCUUCAAUAUUCAUGAUCAACCCAUCAAAAUGAUCGAAGGGGACUAUUGGAUUUAUCGGAAUGAGAACAUUGAUCUUCCAGAAAACGAGUACAUCAAGCGAAUGCUUGGCCUUGACCACAUCGAUUCUUCAAGGCGUUUUUACUACGGCGAUGUUUUCAUGGUGAAAUAUACCGAGCAUCCAAAAACCCUCGCGUGCGAGGUCAACAGCAUACCAAACGCAUUGCCCCCAAAGCUAAUCGUAAUGCUAAAGAGGGUUUUCCAGCACGAAUGGGACAAGGCAUAUCUAGAAUUGCAGCUUCAAAUCGAUCAGGAUAUGCAAGAACAAAUACUCAAGGUGAAGACAGAUAAGGAGGUUCUUUACUCAAGGAUGACUCCAAUUGAGCGUGAAAUUAUAGAUAGCAUGCCAUCAAGUGUCUUGGAAAUACUGGCGAUUCAGUUAUGUGAUGAUGGUGGGUUGAUUGACACAAUUAUAAGGCCUUCCGAUGAUCCAGAUACAAUAUUAAUCGGGAAUGGCUGCAAGCCGCCAGCUUUCAGAGUAUUCUUGCAACCAUCCUACGAUCUGUAUGAAAGCUCAGUAUUACUACUGAUCCCAUGGUCUAGUGAUGCUAGGCUUGAUCUGUCGAAUGCGGCGCCCCACCCCUGGUUAUCGUGUGGUGCUAACUUUGUCACAACUUGCUAA